AUGACUCUCUCCCAUCUCGGCUGGCUGCUCCUCGGAGCGGUUGCAGCAGCCCAGAAUGUCGGGCCUAACUACCAGUAUGCUCUUGAAGACCUUGAUAAGGACUUGCCCUUCUCACAGCCCGUGACUUUUGCCCAUCUUGAGUGGCAGCGGUGUCUUUCUGCCUCCCACAACAAGCCCCUGGAUGUUGCCAUUUUGGGAUUUCCAUACGACACGUCGACGUCUUAUCGGCCAGGUGCCCGCUUUGGCCCACGAGGCAUUCGUGCUGGUUCCUCGCGGGAGAAGAAGGGUCGUAGCUACAAUACUGUUUGGCAAGUAGAUCCGUAUGAGCAAGGCCUGGAAAUUAUCGACUGUGGCGACGUGCCCAUCACCCCCUUUGAUGCCGCGCAUGCAUUCAAGCAGAUGGAGCAGGCUUAUCGCCAAAUUCUCUAUCAUCCGACAUCUGAGCAGAACGGCUGGGAAAACCCUCGCAUUAUCAGCCUCGGAGGCGACCAUUCCAUCGUACUACCCAUUUUACGUAGCCUAAAGACUGUAUAUGGCCCUAUCUCGGUUAUCCAUCUCGACUCGCACCUGGACACCUGGGACCCAUAUGAGGGCUACACCGGCAUCGUGUCGAACCAGUCUGCCAUCACCCAUGGCACCUUCUUCUGGCACGCCAGUCGAGAAGGUUGCAUCAGCAAGGGAACAAGCGUUCAUGGAGGCUUGCGAACUAAGCUUUUUAGUCCUAAAGACUACAAGAUUGACUCGGAGGUCGUCGGCUUCACGCUCAUCGAGGCUCACGAGAUCGACGACAUUGGCGUUACCGGAAUCGUCAAGAAGAUCAGAAAGGCUGUCGGCGAUACGCCCACCUAUCUCUCCAUCGACAUUGAUGUUCUCGAUCCCAGCAUUGCUCCCGCCACCGGAACACCCGAGUCUGGGGGUUGGACCACACGCGAGCUGAAGCGUCUGCUCAAGGGCCUCGAAGGCAUCAACCUUGUCGGGGCAGACGUGGUUGAGGUCAGUCCACCGUACGACUCUGUGGCUGAGACAACGUCCAUUGCGGCGGCCGACCUCAUCGUUGACAUCUUGGCCGGUAUGACAAAACAGGCUUCGUUUGCGGGCAAGCGAGUCAUCCCAAAGGAUGAAUUGUAA